AGCGUCCUUGAGAGGCAUGUCUCUGCAGCAGCGGUGUGCAACAUGCUGAGCAGCUGGAGAUGUGAGGCGCUGAGCUGCUGACAGAGACACACCAACAUGGAGAAGAAGCAGUUCGUCGCCUCCCUGCUGGCUGGAGGCUGUGCAGGGAUGUGUGUGGAUCUGACCCUCUUCCCUCUGGACACCAUUAAGACCCGGCUGCAGAGUCAGCAAGGUUUCUAUAAGGCAGGGGGCUUCAGGGGCAUCUACGCAGGGGUCCCAUCUGCUGCUGUCGGCUCCUUCCCCAAUGCUGCUGCUUUCUUUGUCACCUACGAAGGCACAAAGUCCCUGCUCAGCGCCGGCGGAGCACUGGCAGCGCCUCACAUGGCACCUGUCACUCACAUGCUGGCCGCCUCCCUCGGCGAAGUAGUGGCUUGCCUUAUCCGGGUUCCCACAGAGGUGAUCAAACAACGGGCCCAGGCUUCUCCCUCAUCCACUACCCACCACAUACUGCUGGCGACACUCAGAGGAGAGGGUGUUCGAGGCUUGUACAGAGGAUUCGGGAGCACAGUUCUCAGAGAGAUCCCAUUCUCACUGGUGCAGUUUCCACUUUGGGAAUAUUUAAAGACUCUGUGGUCGCGGAGGCAAGGUCACACACUCUACCCUUGGCAGGCUGCAGUGUGCGGAGCUUUUGCAGGGGCGAUAGCGGCAUUUGUUACCACUCCACUUGACGUGGCGAAGACCAGGAUCAUGCUUGCGAAGGCUGGGUCGACCACAGCGAGAGGCAACAUCCCGACGGUGCUCUACGACGUGUGGAAGAGCCGAGGCCUCACAGGUCUGUUUGCCGGCACCAUACCGAGGAUGGCCUUCAUCAGCGUGGGCGGGUUCAUCUUCCUGGGAGCCUAUGAGAAGGUCCGUCGCACUUUGCUCUGACCGUCAGUCCCGA